AUGGCAUCUGCAUUCUCAACAGCCCAGCUCAGCAAGUACCUCAAGUACUUGGCACUCCCCCCUGAAUAUGACCAAUUCAUCGUCAACCCACAAUCAUUCCCCAAAACAGAGGAAGCUCUAACAACUCUAUUCCGGGGUCAAAUCACACGCUUCCCAUACGACAAUCUAUCAGUGCAUUACUCAAACGGCGAUGUCAUCGACAUUCGCCCGGAAAGCAUCUACCCUAAAUUCAUGGGCUCCGCAGACUCCCCGCCGUCGAGACGGGGAGGAUACUGUCUAGAAUGUAGUAUCUUCUUCUACCACGUUCUGCUAGGUUUGGGAUUCUCGACCUACACAACUGGUGUCCGCAAUCGAGCGCGAAUUGAUGGCGUUCCUCAAGGGGAAUACAGAGGAUGGACACAUAUCGUGAAUAUUGUCCAACUUCCAACUGGACAGCAAUACCAUGUCGACGCUGCAUUUGGCGGCGAUGGACCAACGCGACCGCUGAGACUAGUUUCGGGGCAGCCAAUGCAUAACCUAGGGACACAAGAGGUGCAACUGGUAUAUGGCAAUAUCCCGAAACAAAUACGUCCAGAGCAGAAGCUCUGGAUCUAUCAGUAUCGCAAUGGGCCGACCAAGGAAUGGAACUCAUUUUACUCGUUCGCGGAGUUUGAGUUUUACCAAGAUGACUUUGAAGUUAUGAAUCGGUAUACAAGCUGGGAAGCGCGGGAUAGAGGCAAUUUCUGGAUUGUCAAGUUUCUCCGCGGUGGAGAGACGGAUGGUCUACCCCUGCUAGAUGGUGAAGGUGUUUUUGAAGAGACAGAGGCCAUUCCUAUUGUUGGAAAGCUUAUGUAUGUUAAUGGAGUGGUGAAGCUGAAUAUGGGAGGAAAGACACGGGUGAUUGAUUCAUACGAGAGCGACGAGGAAAAGUUUGCAGGUCUGAAGAAAUGGUUUGGGAUGACCUUUGAAUAG